AUGAAGGAGCUGCAGCGCGUGCUGGAGGCGUACCGCGCCAUGGAGCCCGUGCGCGACGUCAUCGGGAUGAUCAAGACGCAGUUCGCGGAGCAGCAGCGCUGGGCAUCGCUGGACUUGCAGGCUCAAGUGAUGCAGACAGUGGUGAACGACCCGGUUUGCGACGACUUUGCGCCGCAGAGGAAGUACACGUACAGGUUCCUCAAAAGCUACGUGGAUGAGAUUGAGGCCGUGUCUGCGGAUGUGGACGACGGGCUGGUGGAGGCGCUGAUGGAGUUUGUUCUGAACGCCAAGCUGGCGGACGAAUCGCUCAACUCGGAGGCCAUGCACCACGUGUCGUACACAGUGCCAACCGCCGACUCGUCCGUCGUCGUGACUUGCCGCGUGGCUUCAGUGUUUAACGAGGUGGGGCUCAAGCUCUGGGAGGCAGGUUGGCUGCUGGCGGAGUACGCAAUCGCCCACGAAAGCGACUUCCGCGACCGGAAGGUGCUGGAGUUGGGUGCUGGCGUCGGCUUUACGGGGAUGGUGCUGGCCUGCGUGUGCCGCUCGAGCCGCAUCGUUUUGACGGAUUAUGCGCCGAACGUGAUGCAGAAUCUGCGCUACAACGUCGAGAUCAACGCGAGCAAGUUCCUCUGUCCGGUCGAGGUGCAAACGCUGGACUGGGAGACAUGGCAGCCUACCGACCAUGAGGACGAGCGGCCGGACGUCUUGCUAGCGGGAGAUUGCGUCUACGAUGUCGAGGCCUUCCCGCCCAUGAUGCACGUCCUGCAGUCGUUCCUGGGCAACGACGAAGGCAGUACGGAGCAGCAUCCGCAGCGCGUGGCGAUUUUUGCGGCGACAAUUCGCAACCAGAAAACGUUUCAGGCAUUCCUCGACCUGCUCGCAGCGCACCGCAUCGACUACGUUGAUAUCACGGCUGCAUCGUUGGAAAAGAUGGGAGAUCCGAUUUUCUCGUACCCAAACCGAGACCAGAUCCGCAUGUGUCGCCUGUCGAGAAGUAUCCUGGCAGAUACAAAAUAG